GCUCCAGCAGCAGCAAAUGAGCGAGGGCUGCCAGGUUUAUAAAUCUGCUUUUCCUCCCACCGACCCCGAGCCCGCUGUCUCCGGCGGGAGCGAUCGCCCGCCCGCCGGCUUUGGCUGGGCCAGCUGUCAGGAGAGUUUAAAUCACGUCUCCGCAGAGGUGCCGAGCUUGCAAGAAAGGACGUGUUUCUGACGGCUUCCCAACUCCAGGGUGUGCAGGAGGUUCCAAAGGGUGGCAGCAUCAUUUAUUUCUCUGGCGAAACAGAAGAAUGCACUCAGUCACACUUCUCAGCAGCUCUGCAGCCUGUGGAGUGUGUGGGCAAUCUCUGUAUGCAGCAUCCUGGAAAAUGUGUGUUCUCUUGAAGUGAUCUGCUGAAAAGCACGUACUUGUACUGUUGUUCCAGCCUCCCUUGUUGCAUUGCUCUCAAGGGCUGAAAUGCCUGGUGUCUGAUACUCCCUGGGGUCUCCAUUUCAUCUGCCAAAGAAACACUACCUGCUGCAGUUAUCUGGUGAACCCCGAAGAGCAGGGACCCUGAAGAUGGCUCUGUGUGCUUUUUAUGCAGUUUGGGGUUUGUUGCUAGAAGUGGCAAUAGCAUUUGGCCCAGUACCAAGGAUCACUUGGGAACACAAAGAGGUCCAGCUAAUACAUUUUAAUGAAUCAAAAGUGUCAAACUAUUCAACCUUGCUGUUAAGUGAAGACAAAAAUGUUCUAUAUGUAGGAGCCAGGGAAGUGAUCUUUGCCUUAAACGCAGUGAAUAUUGCUGAGAAGCAGCACGAGUUACACUGGAAGGUCACAGAAGAUAAAAGGACUAAAUGUGCAGUCAAGGGCAAAUCAGAACAGACAGAAUGUCGUAAUUAUGUGCGUGUCUUGCAACAGCUGAAUGAUACUUUCCUCUAUGUGUGUGGAACUAACGCAUUUCAGCCAACAUGUGAUUACCUGAAUUUGAUUUCAUUUGAACUUGGAGGUAAAAAUGAAGAUGGUAAGGGCAGAUGUCCAUUUGAUCCUGCUCAAAGCUACACAUCUGUUAUGGUUGAUGAGGAGCUUUAUUCUGGGACUUCCUACAAUUUCUUGGGAAGUGAACCUAUUAUUUCACGGCACUCUCAUCAGAGCCCUCUGAGAACAGAAUAUGCAAUACCUUGGCUUAAUGAGCCCAACUUUGUUUUUGCUGAUGUGAUAAGAGCAGAUCCAAACAGCACAGAUGGAGAAGAUGACAAGAUAUACUUCUUUUUCACUGAGGUGUCUGUGGAGUAUGAGUUUGUUGGAAAAUUGAUGAUUCCAAGAAUUGCUAGAGUAUGCAAGAGGGACCAAGGAGGAUUAAGGACCUUGCAGAAAAAAUGGACUUCGUUCCUCAAGGCCAGACUGAUUUGUACCAUCCCUGAUAAGAAUUUGAUUUUCAAUGUUAUCAAUGAUGUUUUUAUUCUCAAGUCUCCAACUUUGAAGGAACCAGUAAUAUAUGGAGUCUUCACCCCACAACUGAAUAAUGUGGGGUUGUCAGCAGUGUGUGCAUACAAUCUGUCUACUAUAGAAGAGGUUUUCUCAAAAGGAAAAUACAUGCAGAGUGCUACAGUGGAACAGUCUCAUACAAAGUGGGUACGAUACAAUGGGGAAAUUCCUAAUCCUCGACCUGGUGCGUGCAUAAACAAUGAAGCCAGAGCAUCGAACUACAUGAGUUCUCUGAAUUUACCAGACAAAACAUUGCAGUUUGUUAAAGAUCAUCCUCUAAUGGAUGACUCAGUGACCCCAAUGGGAGACAGACCUCGGCUAGUAAAGCGAGAUGUGAAGUAUACACAGAUUGUAGUUGACAGAGUCAGAGCACUCAAUGGCACCAUCUAUGAUGUUAUGUUCAUCGGUACAGAUCGAGGAGCCCUGCACAAAGCUAUCAGUUAUGAAAAUGGAAUGCAUAUUAUUGAAGAAACACAGCUUUUCCCAAAUUUUGAACCAGUCCAAACUCUCUUGCUUUCAUCCAAAACAGUAAGUGGUGGCAGAAGAUACCUCUUUGCUGGUUCAAAUUCUGGUGUGGUGCAGUCUCCUGUGGCAUUCUGUGACAAAUACACCACUUGCGUUGACUGUGUUUUAGCAAGGGAUCCUUACUGUGCUUGGAAACCUCUUGAAGCUUCCUGCAUUGAUAUUUUCAAAGAAGGUGAAAGGGAAAGGAACUGGAUUCAAAACAUAGGUGGAGAUGCAUCUUCUUGUUCUGAUAAAGUAAGAGAGAAUCCCCUACAGCAUACAUUCAAGCAUGGGAGCACAGCAGAACUCAAGUGUUCUCAAAAGUCCAAUCUGGCACAGGUAGUUUGGAAGUUCAAAGAUGAUGUGCUGAGAGUGGAGAGUCCCAAGUACCGUCUACUGGAGAAGGCUCUGCUCAUCUUCAAUUUAUCAGAAGGAGACAGUGGUGUUUACCAAUGUUUGUCAGAAGAAAAAGUGAAAAAUAAGAAAUUUUCUCAAGUGUUGGCUAAGCAUGUUUUGGAACUGAAAAAAAUGCAGCAUACUACAGUGGGCCCCACCACGACAGCCGCACCAACAGAAGGUAAUAGUGAUGUGCCAAAAGUAUCAGCCGUAUCAACCGAGGGGUCCACUGCUCGCAUCUCAACCACUCACAUGGUACCAGUAACGACAGCAAGGAUAUUAACAAAGCCCAUUGGCCCUGUCCUAACAAGUGUAGCCUCCAACACAGAGCUCUUCAAUUCAAUUCCUGAUGCAGUCCCAGAAAAGACAAUGUUCCUCAAGUCAAAUGAUAACUUCCUGUUGAUGUUCCUCUUCCUCUUCUUUUUCAUUCUCUUUUUGUGCCUGCUCUCCUACAACUGUUACAAAGGCUACUUGCCAGGGCAGUGCUUGAAAUUUCGCUCUGUCAUGCUGCUUGGCAAGAAGAAAACGAAGUCAGAUUUUUCUGAUUGCGAGCAAAGUGUGAAAGAGACACUGGUGGAGCAGGGCAGUGUCAGCCACCAGAGCGGGGAGCAGCCCAAGCCCGCGCACGACACUGGCUACGAGACGGAGCCCGACUGCGGGAACAGCCAGCUGCAGGCUGGGGAUUCGCAGGCGUCCCGUGAGGCCAAGGACAAGCCCUUCGACGUCAAGUGCGAGCUCAAGUACGCCGACUCGGACGUGGAGGGGGACUGAAGGACCCCGCCAGCGUCCCUCUCAGUGGCAGAAGUGAGCUGUGGUCCUGCGGCUGGCUAUUUGAGCACGGAGAGCCUGGGUGUGACAGCUAAGCCAUAGCAGGGGUUACAUGCUUAAGCUGUACAGCAAGCCAAUUUUCAUUCAGAUCCAAACAAAUUAGAGAAGUGGUGUACUUGUCUGGAGACCAUAGCAUCUUGUGUUGUACUGUUGUUUUCUCUGUUUUUUAAAAAUGGCCAGUUUCAGAUCACCACUUGUUUAUUCCCCAGUUUUGCCCCCCACUGAGCACUUUGCUCUAGUGAAGCUACUUGCUUGUUCUUUGGCCAUAUUCUUCAAUAGAGUAACUUUAUAAUUCAGUUGGCUUUAAAAAGUACUUCAGUCUUCACAUAUUUUUAGUUGCCAUUAAAAAAAGAUCUAGUUUCAUUUUAAUUCCAAAUUGGAAAUUAAGUUUAGUUUAUCAGAUUGGUAAAUUAUAGACUUUUGUCCAGAUUGGGACAUUUUUUUUUCUUUGCUUCUAGUGAUUGUUUUUAGUUUUAUGCUUUGUGUUAUGGCAUACUAGAUCUCUUUAGUUGGUUAAAGUUAAUUUUUUUAACUGCUCUAUAAGUAUCUUAGAUUUUAAGGUAUAAUGGGGAUAGCAUUGCCUUGAUUUGUGUAAGACUCAGGGAUAAUCUUGUUUAAAGGCUCUUUUCUUUGCUGCUUUCUAGAAAUGUAGGUACAACAAUAUCAGUACAAAACAUGGAGUAAGUGGGGAAUGGGGAAGGAGGAAAAAUGCUUUUCUUUUUCUUUUUUUUUUU